GACAAAUCUGUCAGUCCGCGUUUUAUCCAGAAAAUGUUCACAUUUGAGAACCACGACGGCACGCACGCAUUGAUCGUGUCUGUUCUAGAGUAUGGGAUGUUCGUCUGGCCUUGUGCAGUGGUUUUAGCCCAGUAUGUGUGGACCACGAGAGAGAAAAUGCAGAGAAAGAACAUACUGGAGACCACAAGCGGAGGCCAUCCACAUCGGAUCUGCUUUAAUAUCAACAGCUGUUCGAUUAAGGUUUUUCAUCUUCUAGCUUCGGCUUCAAGCUCCAAGCUUCUAGCUUCUACUUCUGAUUCUACCUCUGAUUCUACUUCUGAUUCUAACGUCAGUUCCACUGAAAAUCAAUAAAAUACAAGAUGAGUGGAAUCCCGUGUCCGAGUCCUUCCCUUUCGAGUGUGGGAAACCCUGAUGCUCACAUACACUUGACAGUGAAAAACCGAUGCACCAGUGGAAACUGACGACUGCCAGACGACUGCCAGUGAAUCACCGCUGCACCAGUGCAUCAAACCGAAACCAGUGACCAAGAAGCAAGACUCCACUCGUGCCACAACCCAACAGAGAGGGAAGACACUUCACCUGGGGGCCUGGAGGAUAAAGCUUGAAGUCAUCUGGAAAAAAGAAACGAAAUGGCGAAGUCAUUAAGUCAUUAGAAGAACUGAAAACAGAGCGAUCCACAGCCAAAAGACUUUUCUCCCGUCUUGCUAACUGCAUUGCAAGAACACACUCAGAGAUGACUGUGGAGGAGCUAAAGCAAAACUUCAACAAGCUUACAGCAGAAAGCUCGAGACUCAUGGAGGUGAACGAAGAGAUUGAGGCCGCCUACAUGGCAGAAGCAGCCGCGGCCGCUGUAGAGGACCUGGGCGCCGAGAAGAAAGCCGACCUGGAGAAGAUAGAGGCAUACUGUAAGCAGAGGACUAAAGAAGCAAAGCUCCUAAUUCAACAAACACUCUGGGAAUCGUAUGGGGAGAAAGAGCUGCCCCUUGCUCUAUACAUCGCUGAAGCUGACUGCAAGAGCGUCUCCUCUGCCCAGCUCGACGUGACUCUGGAUGCAUAUGAGUUCAUGCUGAAGCACUUUGAGAUGUUGGUGCUGAAGGCAAAAGAAGCGCACCGUGACUGGAACCGCUGGGCUCCCGCUGCAGAGCAAAGAGACUUUGAUCACCGCAUGACAGAGCUCGAAGUGCAACUCUGUCUGGCUUGAAGAAAGAGAAGUCCACCUGCACAGAUUUCUGUGGUGUGACACAGAAGAUGCAGAGAUCGAAGAAUUCGCCAUAACAAGAGUCAACAUUGGUGACAAACCUGCUGGUUGCAUAGCCCAAGUUGCCAUGCGAGAGACUGCCAGCCUGCCUUCAUUCAACCACUUCAAAGAGGAGAGACGUGUCCUCGAAGAGGAUGCCUAUGUCGAUGACUGACAUAUUGACUUCCCACAACAACCUCGACCACCUGAAAUGCCUUACAUCCAACAUUGAGCAGAUCCUUCAAGCAGGAGGGUUCUUCAUGAAGCCCUGGAUCUACUCGGAUCAAAGUGGGAGGAGCGAGUUGAGAGGUGAGAAGAUCGAGUCAAACACCAUGAUCCUGCCAAACCAACUCACCGAAGAGGAUAACAAAGCCCUGGGCCUCGGCUACACCGUUGACGAUGACAAGUUACAUGUCAUGGUUGUAGUGAACUUCUCCAAGAAGAAGAAGAAAAUGCGCCUCGGCCAAGACUUGUUGAAAGAACAAGUGAGAGAACAAACCCCUGACCCACUAACCAGAAGAGAGCUGUUAAGCCAAGUCUCUGGUCUCUAUGACCCUCUCGGCCUUGUGGCCCCAGCAAAACAGAAGGGAGCCAUCCUGAUCCGCAGGGCCUUCCAAGAGGCAAAAGUCAUGUACUGCAUAGAAGACACCUGGGAUGCUGCCUUGUCCAGAGAGCUCAGAGACGAUGCCAUAAAGCUCCUCGAAGAGUACGCUGAGCUGAGCCAAGUUAGAUUUCCCAGAGCUCUCACACCGCCAGAUCCAGCUGAAAGACCAUGUGCAAUCACCUUCUCUGAUGGCAGUGAGUGUGCAUAUGGUGCCGUGCUGUACCUGCGUUGGAGCUGCAGCCAUGGUGUCGUAGUAAGGCUAGUUGAGGCCAAGGCUAAGCUGACCCCCCUUGACCAUAAAGGUGACCUUGUGAAAGCAGAAAUGUGCGGAGCAGUCUUUGCAGCACGGCUGAAGAAUUACUUCCAAAAGCACUGCCGAAUCGAGGUCAAGAGGUGGUAUCAUCUAGUCGACAGCCAGACCAUCUUGGGUGCCAUACAGCGUGAAAGUUAUGGAUACCAGACCUUCUACGCAAACAGAGUUGGUGAGAUCCAGAGCAGCACUGACAUCCGAGAUUGGUGGUGGAUUCCAGGUGCCGAGAACAUUGCAGAUAUUAUCACCCGAGGGGCCAGUCCUGAUGACCUAAUCAAGAAAUCCAAGUGACAGUCAGGCCCGCAGUUCCUUCAGCUUCCUGAGAGUGAGUGGCCAAAAAAGUCAACGAAAGAUGUUGCUGCACAGGCAAGAGACAACGUCACAAAAAUGCAGAAGAAAACAUUCACUGCUGUACUCACCCGAAGUCAGCUGAAGACACAAAGCCCAAUUGCAGUCCAGUGCAGUCCAACAGGAGCAGCAGUCCAAAAUCUAUUGGACGAAAAGCGCUUCAGCAGUCUAAGACGGCUGGUCGGGACGGUUGCAUGGAUUUGGAGGGCGGCUAAGAAGUUCUUGCAUGCCAAGAGGGGAGAUGAAGCAAAGUGGGGGGCAAUACCUUCAUCUAGCGUCAUCACUGUCAGCAAAAGGAAAAACGUCUUCCUGGAACUAUGUCUGGCAGCGCAAGAAGGUGUGAACUUCCCAAAUACAACUACUGACAGGCUUGUUGUAUACAAAGACCAAGUAACUGGGAUCCUGAUGUGUGGAGGGCGGAUACAGGCCUUCAAAGAGGACCAUAAUGCUGUUCCCCUGCUACCAUACCAAGCCUGGGUCUCCACUCUCCUGGCCCGUGAAGCACACAGUGAGGGACAUGACGGAGCGGCAGGAACUCUGCUGUGGAUGCGAAAGAGAGCCUGGGUGAUCAGAGGAAGAAUUCUGGCCCAAAAAGCUGUCGACAACUGCAUUAUCUGCAAGAAGGAAAGAGCAAGAACCUGUCAGCAAAUCAUGGGUGACUUACCUGAAGAGCGUGUCAAUCCAGCUGCGCCAUUCCAGUUCACAUCCGUCGACCUGUUCGGACCAUAUCAAGUGAAGGAUGACGUCAGAAGGAGAGCAAGCAUGAAAGUAUGGGGCGUACUAUUCUGCUGUAUGUCAAGCCGAGCCAUCCAUGUCGAACUGGCAAACACUCUAACAACAGAGAGCUUCCUCCUUGCUUACCAGAGGUUCACUUCAAUCCGUGGUCAUCCGCAGAAGAUCUGGUCCGAUCCUGGAACAAACUUCAUUGGAGCGAAACCUGUCCUGGAAGAAAUGUAUACUUACCUGAGACAACUGAACAAAGAAUCACUUGAAGAGUAUGCUGCCAAAAACGGUACCUGCUGGACGUGGAAGAUCCUUCCAGCUGACUCACCCCACCGGAAUGGUGCUGCCGAAGCUGCUGUCAAGGUCACCAAAAGAGCUCUGCAAAGCCUUGGUGGCGGAGGAGGCCUUACCUUCAGUGAGUUCCUGACAGUGCUUAAACUAGCUGCUAACCUUGCCAACGAAAGGCCAAUCGAUGCCAGAGUUCAGAGCCGUGAGGACCGCAUCAACUAUGUAACCCCAAACACACUGUUGCUUGGCCGAGCCACACAAACUGGAGACUUCAAAACAGUAGACUACACCACCUACCCCUUCAAGAGACUGCAAGAAAUGCAAACACAAGUUAGCCACUUCUGGAGGUCCUGGAGCCAACUUGCAGGUCCGAACCUGUUCAUCCGCAGCAAGUGGCACACUGCAAAAAGCAAUGUUGCUGUCGGAGACAUAGUGUGGCUCUGCGACCAAAACGCACUGAGGGGGCAAUUCAAGCUCGCAAGAGUGGUCAGCGUGAAUGCAGACUCCAAAGGCAUUGUCCGGGAUGUCCAUGUGAAAGUCCCCCUAGGUGGACGUGCUCAGGUGAAGACUCCAAAGCCAACCGAAAAGUCCUGGGACCCACAGGGUACCACACUGCAUCGGGAUGUGCGACGCCUCAUCGUCCUCCUCCCAGUGGAGGAACAAGUCAGCAGAGACCAGCUCGCCUGAUGGGUGCGAUCUUCCCGUGUCGCGCCACACCAAGAUCGAGUGGGAGGUGUUGCGGCGACCUGCCACAAGGAGUGCCUGAAUGCAGGCUCACAUGAUUGACAGCUGCCUCCGCCACUUCCUGCUACGCUGAAUCGCUGCGCUACCACCGCACGCACGCUGCACUGAACAGGCAGCCAAUCACAACGCUAGUUAGCAGGGCAGCCAAUCACAACGCUAGUUAGCAGGGCAGCGGUUGUUCUAGAACGAUAGGCAGAAUUGACAUUCAGUUUGUAACGAAGCAGCAGCACAGCAGUUGCAAAGAGAAUUCGCUACUAACACAAACUUUACAGCACAUCAGGGAAAAAAGGACAAAAAAGGCUACCGGUAAACCCACUGAACUUUUUUAUAUGCAAACGCUGCGCUCGCAGUAAUCCGUGGGCAUGAGAAAUGUUUGUUCCUUACCUGUGAUUGGUUUAAUGGUUUAAACUUUCUUUCUCAGUGGCGUGUAGUAAAAUAUCUUCAGUUAAAGUGAACAAACUGCCUGUGAAAGAGCUAAUGGUUAAAAUGAUUCUUAGUUUAGAACUGGUUU